GUCCAAAUCGGGCCAGAGAUUUAACCCGCAGCUCACCUAUGGGAGCUCAUCUCGGUACCAAAAUCUUUCAGAUCCAAAAAGCCGAACCAGAAACAAAGUUCUAGCAGACUAAAGCUGUAAAAAAAAAAAAUUAAAUUAAAUCUCCGUUAGAACAGAUUCCGUAUCUGUUUGUCUCUCCGAGAGAGGAUCCAACAAAACCCUUAUAUAACAAUGGUAAUGGAACUAGAGAACGGAGAUGACGCCAUCUCCCCAACGGCGUCACCGACUUCCGCCAUGGCUAGUCUCCUCCCUCUCGCCUCCGUCUCUCAACAGCCUUACGUCUCCGAGCUCCUCUCCUUCACUCUCGAUCGCCUCCAUAAGGAGCCGGAGCUUCUUCGAGUUGAUGCGGAGAGGAUUCAGAGACAAAUGCAAGAAGUGGCGGUCGGUAAUUACCGCGCUUUUAUUGCUGCUGCGGAUGCGUUGGUUGCGAUCAAAGAGGAAGUGUCUUCUAUCGAUAACCAUCUCGAAUCUCUGAUUUCUGAGAUCCCAAACCUGACAUCUGGUUGCACAGAGUUUAUUGAAUCUGCUGAACAGAUUUUGGAGAAGAGGAAGAUGAACCAGACUCUGCUAGCAAAUCACAGUACUUUGCUUGACUUGCUUGAGAUUCCUCAGCUUAUGGACACAUGUGUAAGGAAUGGAAAUUAUGAUGAAGCUCUUGAUUUAGAAGCCUUUGUUUGCAAACUCUCAACCAUGCACCCCAAAUUACCUGUUAUUCAAGCACUGGCUGCAGAAGUUAGGCAGACAACCCAAUCUCUUCUCUCUCAACUUCUCCAGAAGCUUCGUUCUAAUAUUCAGUUACCAGAAUGCCUUCGGAUUAUUGGAUAUUUGCGCCGAAUAGCAGUGUUUAGUGAGUAUGAAAUGCGGUUGCAGUUUUUGAGAUGCCGAGAGACAUGGCUCACAGGAAUUCUUGAGGAUCUGGACCAGAGAAAUGCUUAUGAGUAUUUAAAAGGGAUGAUAAGCUGUCAUAGGAUGCAUCUUUUUGAUGUGGUUAACCAAUAUAGAGCAAUAUUUGCUGAUGAUACUUCAGGAAGUGAAGAAAAUUAUGAUGGUGGGCUUCUUUUUAGUUGGGCUAUGCAUCAGAUUACUUCACACCUUAAAACUCUUAAAGUCAUGCUUCCAAAGAUAACAGAAGGUGGAUCGCUAUCAAAUAUUCUGGAUCAGUGUAUGUAUUGUGCAAUGGGGCUCGGAUGGGUUGGGUUGGAUUUUCGAGGCUUGCUUCCAUCUCUUUUUGAAGAGGCAGUGCUCAAUUUAUUCUCAAAGAAUAUGAAUACAGCAGUUGAAAACUUUCAGUUAGUUUUGGAUUCACAUCGUUGGGUUCCAUUGCCAGCAGUUGGCUUUUCAGCAACUAGUAUUAGUGAAGAAAGUCAGGAGGAUGUAACUCCACCAUCUUAUCUGAUGGAACACCCUCCUCUUGCAGUGUUUAUUAACGGUGUUUCUGCUGCAAUGAAUGAGCUACGUCCUUGUGCCCCAGUAAGUUUGAAGAAUGUUCUUGCUCAAGAAUUAAUUAAGGGAUUGCAGGCUGUUUCUGACUCCCUAUUGAGGUACAAUGCAACACGGAUGCUCAGAGAAAAUGAAUCUGGACUUUUCAUCUCGCUUUGCCGAGCAUUUAUAGAGGUUGCUUUCCCACAUUGUGCAACAUGCUUUGGUCGUUGUUACCCUGGUGGAGCUGCUCUUAUCAUGGAUGCAAAGAAUUUAUACGACGGAGUUGGUCGCCUAUUGACAAUCUCUUCAUUAAAAGAAUCCCCCAAACCGGUCAGCAAUGGAGAGGAAAAGACCACUUCUGAAAACGGUGAACUGCCUCAGCCUGUUGUGGAAAAUGGUGUUGAACCUACCGUCGAUGAAACCAGGAGCUCGAAUGCAGAUGAGAAGGAACAGAACAGCUCCACUUUGCAUGGGGAUGAAAAGAUUGCUGAAGCAUCCUAGGAAGCUCGUCACUUUCAAAAAAAAAAUUUACUUAUCCUUUCUUUAUCUUUUACCUUUAAAAUUUUUAUCCUUUCUUUUCUCCUUGACCUUUAAAAUUUACCUUAAUUGUUUGUAAUUAUCCGUCCAUUGGUAAAAUUUUCAGAACAUGUUAUAGAUGUGUUGUAGUAUAAAGAGGAAAGAUUUACAAUGCAAUUUUCACGAAUUUAGAAACGAAUCGGAGUUAAAAGUGUCCUAAACGUGUUUUUUUUUUUAUUAUUACGACGAAUAUUAUUGUGUGACACUUUAAUCUUGUAUGGGAGAAUUUAUUGUAAUAUAUAAAUA